GAAAUCUCCUCAAACCGACUUGCCAAUUUUUCGUAAAAAUUUAGGAUCUCUUCCUCUGUCAGUUUCUACAUUUUUCAGAUCAAACUACGUGAGAGAAAAUAGAGAACAUUACAAAAUGAUGAACGUUUUGGCUCUAUGUUUUGUAAUGACCACACUUGUAACCGCAGGUGUGUUUUCUCCCAGCCCAGAACGAAUGCACAAAGAUGAUACUACUGUAGAGAAAGAAGGGCGCAGAGUUGUGGUGGUGGAAUUUGAUAAAGAUGAUGGAAACACCAAAGUUUCUAUCUCUACACAGGAACAGAAGGGUCAGAAAUCUUCCGAUAGAUUAAUGGAGGGCAAAAAGGAGAAACUUGAACGGGAAGACAUUCACCACAGCCAUAUGGGGAGUGCUAAAGAUCUUGUGUGUGAUGCAUUCGGUAAGUGUAAGCAUAAGAUUGGUAGCGCAAUUGGAAGAACCAAAGAGGCGGUCGAUCAGGCGGAUGAGGAAGCUCAUUUGGCUAAAGAAAGAGAGAAAGUGAAGGAAAGAGCUCAUGAAGUGAAAGGAGCUGCGAAAAGAGGCGGAGAAAAUGUAAUGGAGACGGCCAAGAUAAUCAAAGGAGAGGCGGAGAGAAAGGCGGAUGAGGAAGCUCAAGAGGCUAAAGAAAGAGUGAAAGAUGUUGGAAGUGAAAAGGUGAAGGAAAAAGCUCGUGAAGUGAAAGAAGGAGCGAAAAGAGGCGGAGAAAUCGUAAUGGAAACGGCCAAUAUAAUUAAAGGUGAGGCGGAGAGAAAUGUGUGUAGAAAAUUUGAGGCGACAAUAGAAAAGGCGAAAGAAGCAAAAGAAAUGGUGGAAGAGAAAGUUAAAGAAGAGUGGAAAAAGGGCUUGAAGAAAUUUCUGUUUGAUGUAUUGGGACAUAGUUUAUGGCUGAAGAGUAUGGGGAUUUUACAUUUGUUGGGAUUUGCCACAGCUUAUGGCAUGUGUGUGUGGGUGACUUUCUUAUCGAGUUAUGUUUUGGCUAGUGCAUUGGCUAGGCAGCAGUUUGCGUUGGUGCAGAGCCAGAUUUAUCCAGUGUAUUUCAAGGCCAUGGCUUAUAGUGUAGGUCUGGCGUUGGUCGGGUAUUUGAUGGGUUCGCAAAUGGAAGGAGUAGUGAUACUCCAGGGCUUCAAUCUUCUAGCACCACUGUUGAUGAUCAUGGUGAAUAUGCUCUACUUGGAACCUAAAGCCACUAAGGUAAUGUUUGAGAGGAUGAAGAAGGAGAAGGAAGAAGGGCGAGGAAAAGAGGGAUUCACCACCAAACCAAGUAGCACGGUACCUGGUGAAAAGAAUACACCUUCUCCAGAUCCUGUUCAAGAAAGGCUCAAGGAAGCAGCACUAAUGAGAUCUAAAAUCGUCAUACUAAGUGAAAAAUUAAAGAGGCUGAAUUCAUAUUCAUCCUUCCUAAAUGUUGUGACUUCAAUGUUUCUUACUUGCCACCUCGUUCACCUAGGCCAGCAACUCAAUAUGGUCUGUUAACAUCCACUCUCUUGUACAAGGGAUGGUUAUUUUGCUGUCUACUUUUGUAGAUAUUAGUGUAGCAAGCUUUUGCCUCUCUUUUUUCAAUCGUGAUCCUCAAUGGUCUACUAGUUUGAAUUGAUAAUUUUGCUCAAGGAAAUCUGUAAACUCGGUUACUCUUGCGAGUGCAUUGUU